ACAGCCGAACUGCUGAACUGCAGUCAGCUGAAGUAGCCUGCAGUACUGCAUUUAACCACUGCGCCACCUCGCAGCCUGUGGAACUGGAGGAAGCACUCCAUGGAAAGGUCAAAGGGGAGCAUUACCCCCUUUGGAUAGAGGAAGAAUAGAGGAAGUGCCUCUUCUGGUUGACCCGUGGGAGGAGGCGUGGAGGGCGCCUCUCCUGCUCUUCCCAGGACGUCAGCAGCUGGAAGGUGAGUGGAAGGCAGGUCGGAGGAGAAGCCGGGAGCGAGGUGGGCUGCUUGGUUUCCUCCACGCUGCAGAAGCAGAGAAGAAUCCAGGCUGAAACAUGUCAGCUGCUGCUGCUGCAUGAUCCUUCCCUCCCCAAAUUUGGUUCCAGUGGUGCUGGCAGGUCGCUUUAAAAGUGGUGCCUGCAAACGUCCUGCAGGUUGGGAGAUUUUUAAAAAGUUUCCUUCAGUUGAGGAUUGAUUGACGUUUUAUGGUUUUUAUGGGCGUGUUCUGUUUUUUGGGAACUGGGGUUUCAUGCACAAAACGGGAUUAUAUUUUGCAGGUGCUGUGAGCACCAUUUCAUCUGCUGAUACCGUUGAAGCCCCCCCCCCCCCCGGUCAAUAUUAAACCAAAAAGUGUGACUGUAUGCACUCCUGGGACAUGGAUGUGGCUGAAAUGUUUAUUAGAUGAUUUGUGCACCAUUUUCUCUAUUGAUGCCUCUCCUCCGUUGAAGACCCCGCCCCACCUGUCAAAUAUUAAACCAAAAAGUGUGACUGUAUGCACUCCUGGGAAAUGGAUGUAUCUGAAAUACACCUGGGCUUUUAACAUACUUAAAUUGAUGCCAGGAAGAGAAUUCCGGUCAAGUGAGAAUCACAAUCAGAAUUAAAAAGGAAAGCAAAUCCAGCCAGCAAUGAAAGUCUUUCCCACUUCUUCCCCUUCUUCUGGCAGGUGACAGACAAAAGAGAGAAGAACAGGAAGAGAGUUUUGGGCUGGAAAAAAAUUGAGUAUAUAGAACUCAAGCAAGCACUCCCAAAAAAAGGUAAAGAGGGAUCAUUUCCAAAUUCAGAAAAAGGGGAAAUACUCUAGAAAUCCCUGGAGCGGAAAGAGACACUUGGAUAGGCGUAGAAGACAGACAGUCAUGGAAGCUUCACCCUGUGAAGAAGGAAAGAGUAGCUUGGAUGAAAUAAAACCAUAUCUCUGUCCAGGCUGUGGGAAAACUUUCAUUCGGAAUGCUCACCUGUUGAAACACCUGAUGAUUCAUCACGAAGGAGAAAAACUGUAUAAGUGUCAGUAUUGUGAGAAAAGUUUCAGUCAGAAUUACCAUCUGGUGGUACACCUGAGAACUCACACAGGAGAGAAACCCUAUGAGUGUCGGGAUUGUGGGAAAAGUUUCAGUCAUAAUUCCAGCCUGAUGAUACACCAGAGGACUCACACAGGAGAGAAACCCUAUGAGUGUGAGGACUGUGGGAAAGGUUUCAGUCAUAAUUCCGGCCUGAUGAUACACCAGAGGUCUCACACAGGGGAGAAACCCUAUAAGUGUCCAGAUUGUGGGAAAACUUUCAGUCAGAAUUCCAACCUUGUGAAACACAAGAGGAUUCACACAGGAGAGAAACCAUAUGAGUGUCAGGAUUGUGGGAAAAGUUUCAAUGUUAAUUCCAUCCUUGUGAAACACAAGAGGACUCACACAGGAGAGAAACCAUAUGAGUGUCCGGACUGUGGGAAAGAUUUCACUAAUAAGUCUAGUCUUAUAAAUCAUGUAAGUGUACAUACAGGGGAGAAACCUUUCAAAUGCCCAGAGUGUGGACGGUGCUUCUCGCAAACUUCCUCCCUUAAGGCACACACGAAAGUCCACAUGAGGCAGAAGGUGAUGAGAGAAGAGAAGGCUUGAAUUUCUUUUCUGAUCUUUCUUUGCCAAAGCAACUGAGAAAUUAACGGUUUAAUUUCUGGCCUGAUUCAAUUUAGUCAAACCUGUCCUCAGUAUUAGGCAUGAGGGAGAAAAAGAACUGGAAAUUGAAAGUGUUAGGUUAAUCAAGGUUAACUACCUGUGUCCGGCUGUUAGCAGAAUAUAGUGGGUAUUCUCUUGCAAAAGUAGUGCAACUGUUGCAAAAAUAAUUUGGAGAAUUUUUUGCAUAUUGAUAAACAGAUACCAUAGAAAUGCAACAUUCAGAUUUCAAAAGCCUGCUGCAGAUCCUAUAAAAUAUAUUAAAA